AAUCUACGUCCACCGAGAAAGCUGUUUCUAGAUUCUCAUUACAUCAGAGGUUACAACUACUUCAAGAGUGAUGCUGACAAUGACUGGGAUUUUGCCCCGAAUGUGGAUGCAGACAAUUUUGCAGCUCAUUUUCUUGGUAAGCCUAAUGGUCAUCAUGAACAAGUUUCAACAGCUUUUACAAUGAAAACAUGGUCCAAUGUACCAUCUUGUGCGCGAAACUGUGCGCGAAAGAUUGGUCGAGCUUGUUAUCUUAAUUCUAAGAAUCAGGAUAACUAUUCCGUUGUUGAAAAGUUACAGUAUCAUGUUAAGUUUCUGCUAACGCAUGGACAUAAUUUAGGAUUCUUGUUUGAGGCAUAUCUGGACUUGGUUUGCACUGCAAUCCACAAUGUUAGAACAUUGCCUUGUCCACAGUUUUUACUCUCACGAUAUGUGGUAGUUGAAGAAACGGUGACGCAAUUUGCGGAUCAGAAUCUCAUAAUCAAACUCCGUUUGUAUCGCGUGAUACGUAUGAUUCAUGCUGGACGAGCGAUUUUGAAGGAAUUCUACAAAAACAACUAA